GCAAGACCGGCGUUUCCAAGACGAGUGAGCUGCUCUGGCUAACAUUUCCAGUUCCUGGAAACACUUCUUAACGCCUAAGCAGAGAGGAUAAAGGAAAGGCAGGACAAUGACUGAGGACAGGAAAAGAAAGUGAAAAUUCUGGGAGCCCACUCGCUCACUUCACAACACUGACGGCAUUUUGAACAAGCAGUGUCCAUUUCCAGAAAGGUCUGACAGUGUUUCUCAAAGUGCCACUCAAACUCUAAUAGGGGAAGUGAUGAACACUGAGCAGAAGCACCACUGAACAGCGUUACAGUCAGACAUGCGUGCCUAUCUCCUCAGUGUCAUCAGCUUCGUCUCUGUCUUCUGUGCUGGUCUCUGUGAGGAAGAAUGCCAGAUGAGUGUUUUGGCACAGCGCAGAACAAUUAAUGUGCCAAAAGGGGACAGCUUGUCUUUGUCCUGUGUAGUCCAGCACUGUGGACACAACUGGACGGGUGACUGGAAGUGGGGAAAUUCAACAAAUGAAGGAGGCAAAACUGUGAAAGAAAGCCAGAGACACCAUUUGACCAACAAGGCAAUCUCAGCCAAUCAAACACAGCUGUCGUUAAACAUCCAGAGCAUCACCCAAUCAGAUGAAGGUUCCUAUGGAUGUAUGGUUUUUUGGGCUAAAGGUGUAAGUGAAAAAGGACAUCUCACACAUGUGAACAUCACCACAGCUGUCCCCUCUACGAGGAAUCUCCUGCACAGGGUUUUGAUCUGUGCUAAUGCCUUUCUCUGCCUUCCCAUCAUUCUGGGAUUGGCACGCUGUCUGAGAUUACAGGCCAAACGUCAGCCGCCUCACAGGCCACAGGUCAUAUAUGAAGUUGCAUACACAAACCAAUCAAACGACUCAGCUCCACAACCUCCACCACGAUGCCCGGUACCGCAGAAACGCAAAACCUCCCCUCGCAAAGGUCCUCCCAAAGCCUCACAGAAGCCUGACGUGGUGUAUGCAGCCAUUUCCCAAGAUGCACUGAAGCAACAGGGAACCACGAGAAAGCCUGACCAGUCUGCCACCAUCUACUCAUCGCUCAGGUUUAAUGACUGCACAGUGGAAAUGAAUUGAGAAUUGUAUUAUUUUUGUACCAUUCUGCCCAAUCUGGGACGACUUCAUGAAACGCUGGAUGUGGGAGCUUCUUUUUUUUUUUUCCUUCUUUUUUUUUUGCAGAACUGCAUCUUUCAGAUUUCCAGCUCUAGACUUUUGUCUGCAUUAUGAAAUAUGUGUCAGUUUACCACAAAAUCAAGCACAGGUUUCCCCUCUGUUCUGUAUUUGCUUUUUCUCCAUUGAGAUUGUUUUGAGUUGCGUAAUUUUGGACAAAUUGGCUGUGGUGAGCAGUUUUAUCUAGAAACAAUGUUUUCCACCAAAGUACAACCAUAUCAUCUGACCAAAGCAAGCCAGCAGUAGUUAGUAGGACAACUGAGGUGAUGGGGAACCCUGAAAUAACCUGAGUUUAAAUUUAUGACCACCCAUUCUGAGUGAGCCUUUCACCACAGACGCAUGCUACUUUGCGAAGAUGUACUUUGAUGAAAGAACAAGUAUUGAUCUGCUCA